GGCCGGCGCCCAGGGUCCCGUUUCAAGAUGGCGGACGACAGUGAGACAGCAGUGAGGCGGCCGCCGGCGCGGCUCCCGCGACCGGCGGCGGAGGAGAACGACCACGAGCACUGCAGCGACUGCGAGAACGAGGCGGAGCACGGCUCCAACCGCGGGGGCCUGAGUCCAGCAAAUGACAGCGGAGCCAAAAAGAAGAAAAAGAAACCCAAACGGAAGAAAGAGAAAGGAGGAGGAGACCAGCCCGACCAGGCUCAGGACCAGCCAGUGAAGGUGAACUCCUUACCCGCUGAGAGGAUCCAGGAGAUUCAAAAAGCCAUCGAGCUCUUCUCUGUAGGUCAGGGCCCUGCCAAAACCAUGGAGGAGGCCAGCAAGAGGAGCUACCAGUUCUGGGACACACAGCCAGUGCCCAAGCUUGGAGAGGUGGUGAACACCCACGGCCCGGUGGAGCCGGACAAGGACAAUAUCCGUCAGGAGCCAUACACCCUGCCCCAGGGCUUCACCUGGGAUGCCCUGGACCUCGGGGACAGAGGUGUGCUGAAGGAGCUCUACACGCUGCUCAACGAGAACUACGUGGAGGACGACGACAACAUGUUCCGGUUCGAUUACUCCCCCGAGUUCCUGCUGUGGGCACUGCGUCCUCCGGGCUGGCUGCCCCAGUGGCACUGUGGGGUCCGAGUUGUCUCCAGCAAGAAGCUGGUUGGAUUUAUCAGCGCCAUUCCAGCCACAAUCCACAUCUAUGACACAGAGAAGAAGAUGGUGGAGAUAAACUUCCUGUGUGUCCACAAAAAGCUGCGCUCCAAGCGGGUGGCUCCGGUGCUGAUCCGCGAGAUCACGCGGCGGGUGCAUCUGGAGGGGAUCUUCCAGGCUGUUUACACUGCGGGAGUGGUGCUGCCAAAGCCUGUGGGGACUUGCAGGUACUGGCACCGCUCCCUGAAUCCUCGGAAACUCAUCGAGGUCAAAUUUUCCCACCUGAGCAGGAACAUGACUAUGCAACGUACCACGAAGCUUUACCGGCUGCCCGAGACUCCCAAGACUCCCGGCCUGCGGCCCAUGGAGCACAGGGACAUCUCUGCCGUGCACAAGCUCUUGACCGAGUACCUGAAGCAGUUCCACCUGACGCCCGUGAUGAGCAGAGAGGAGGUGGAGCACUGGUUCUUACCUCAGGAGAACAUCAUCGACACCUUUGUGGUGGAGAGCGCCCCGGGGGAGGUGACAGACUUCCUGAGCUUCUACACUCUGCCCUCCACCAUCAUGAACCACCCGACUCACAAGAGCCUGAAAGCUGCUUAUUCCUUCUACAACGUUCACACCAAGACGCCUCUUAUCGACCUCAUGAGUGACGCCCUCAUCCUCGCCAAGUCGAAAGGAUUCGACGUCUUCAAUGCACUGGAUCUCAUGGAAAACAAAACCUUCCUGGAGAAGCUGAAGUUUGGGAUCGGGGACGGGAACCUGCAGUAUUACCUGUACAAUUGGAAGUGUCCCAGCAUGGCCCCAGAGAAGGUCGGACUGGUGCUGCAGUAAGUGAGCCCUUGCCAGGAGAGCAUGGAGGAGCCGGGCCUGGUGGAGGUGCUGCCCCUCAUCCUUUCUGCCAAAGCUGGACCCACACCGGGUCAGGGGGAACCGGAGCAGCCGCCCACGGCUCCCGCCGCCACCCGCCGCCUCCUCGUCUGGUCUAAUGUGCAUCCUCGUAAAGACACGAUCAAGGGAAUGUAACUGCUGAAACUAGAUCAUGAUUGGCAUAUAAUGGAGUUAACGGGUGAAUAAUAAAAGUAUAUAUUAUAUAUAUUUUAAAUCUUUCCUGUUCCCAACUGCCAUGAGUCGCAUUCGGCCGCUGCACCGGGACUGUUCUCCGUGGGCACACCGAGGUGGAGGCUGCGGCGCCGGCGCGGUGGAGCUCCGGGAUGUGGUGGCCAGUGGCCAGGUCCUCCUGCCUGCCCUGAGGGUGCUUUGGGCUCUCCCCUGCUUGGCUCUUUGCCCCCAGUUUGCUCCCUCCUCCGUUCAACUGGCUCCCUCCCUGCGGGCUCGGGAGCACGUCGGAAUUCCUUCCUAAGGGCUAUUUGUGGAAGCGAUGCCUUGUCCCAUCUCCUCCCAGACGUGGAGACUCCAACCCUGCAACGGGGCGAGCGCUGAACUGAGGGGCAGCAGCCCCCGAAGAUCCAGGGGGACUCAGCUCUGGCACACCCUGCUCUGCUCAGACUCCUGGGGCUCCUUCCCUGUAACGCUGGGGCUGUGGGCACCAGGAGAUGCUCCAUCACCGCUGCCUCAGCUGCUUUUCUCUGGAAGCAUGGAAAUAUGGAUACAUGCCACCAGCAUCACCCCGGGCCUUCAGGCUCCCCAGCCACCCUGGUGCCUCCACCAGCUCCCAGCUCGUCAUCUUGUGCUGUGGGAUCUACCAAGAUAAAGGAAAAGUUUUCUCUCAUGGAAAACCUUCAUCCCAUCGAGAUACUUUGGGAAAGGAGCGCCCGGACAGCCUCCUGCCGUGUCACGAACCGUGUCCGCCCAGCGCUCCGAGAUGCUCCUGCCCUCCCAGCCAAAGGUUUCCAAAGCUGCACACCAAGGCCAAGACCCCCCGUCUAUGCACUCCCACACCUCCCUGUCCCCGCGUGUCCCUGUCACACCCUGUGGCACCACGGACCCCCAGGGUCUCUGCCCACCCCAGCCUGGACCUGCGGGGCCCCAGUGGGGACCAGGAGCCCGUCACGUCCCCCCCCGGCAGCGCCAUCACAUCCCCCUGCUCGGGGUCCUGUGUCACCUAUGCAAGUACCUCUGUGUCCCCUCCGGUGUCCCUGCUGUGCUGGGGGAGGCUGGGUGCGGGUGGGGGGCAGCCAGUGGGACCCUCCCCUUGCCCCCAGGGCGGGUUUGAGGGCUGUUCCCCCCGGCUUCCAUGGGUGCAGGACCCGUGGGUGCUCGGCAGCUCCCUGGGGCAGUGCUGGUUUGGGGGUGGGCUCGGCCCUUAUCCCCCCACAACGGGCCCUGGGGGGUGACAGGGACAGCGGGACAGGCUCUGUUAAAAUAAAACCUUUAUUGACUGGCUUGA